AUGGCUUCAACACCUCUUGCACUCGUUCUUCUCACUCUCACAACCUUCCUCUUCCACCUCACUCCUCAAAUCCAAGCCCAAAAAGCCACAGCCCCUGCACCAGCUCCCUCCGGCCCCGUCAACCUCACCGCAAUCCUCGAAAAAGGUGGCCAAUACACCACCUUAAUCCGCCUCCUAAAGGACACACAACAAAUCACCCAAAUCCAAAGCCAACUCAACUCAACUUCAGAGGGUUUCACAGUCUUCGCUCCCACCGACAAUGCCUUUCAGAAUCUCAAAUCUGGUGCCAUAAACGACCUCACAGACGAGCAGAAAGUGCAGCUUAUUCUAUACCAUGUAACACCUAAGUAUUACUCUCUGUCUGAUCUAUUAACAGUGAGCAACCCUGUGAGGACACAAGCUUCUGGAAGUGAAGGGUCUUGGGGACUCAACUUCACUGGCCAAGGAAACAACCAAGUGAAUGUUUCAACUGGUGUGGUUGAGACCUCAAUCAACAACGCAUUGAGGCAACAGUUUCCUUUGGCUGUUUAUCAAGUGGACAAGGUUUUGUUGCCAUUGGAACUUUUUGGAGCUAAGUCUCCAGGAUCAGCUCCAUCUCCUAAGACACCCAAAACUCCCUCUGAAAUCCCAAGCGUUGUUAAGGGUAGUGGAGCUCCAUCGCCUUCAGCUAAUGGUGCAGCUGAGAGGAAUGUGGCUUGGGGUUUGGUUGUUGGGCUUGGGUUGAUUUGCAUGGAAGCGCUCUCUUAG